GCACCAGCACCACCGCUCCUCCUGGCCUCGCACCGGCCUCUGCGCGUGCGUCAUGCUCGUGCCGCCGCCCAACUUCGGCCUUGUCGAGGAGUCGCUCUACCGCUCCGGCGCGCCCGACCUGCUCAACUUUCCCUUCUUGGAGACGCUCGGCCUCACCAGCGUCGUGUGGCUCGCGCCCGAGGAGCCCGAUGGUGCCUUUCUCGACUUCUGCGCCUCGCAUUCGAUCACGGUGCACCACCUCGGCGUGCUCUACAGCACCAACGCGUGGGACCCGAUCACCGAGGACAUCGUGCUGCAGGCGCUGCAUCUGCUCGUGCAGCCCAGCACCUACCCCGUGCUCGUGAUGUGCAACAUGGGCCGGCACCGCACUGGCACCGUCAUUGGCUGCCUGCGCAAGCUGCAGCGCUGGUGCCUCAGCGCCAUCCUCGAGGAGUACCGCCGCUACACGGGCCAGAAGGUGCGCGUCAUGGACGAGCAGUUCCUUGAGCUCUGGGACAUCGACCUCGUCUCAAUACCGCGCGGCGUUUGAGCAUGCUCCGCCGCACUAUACCCGACCAAGGAAGAUCGUCUGCUCUUCCUCGAUACCCAGCAGCUCGCUCUCGCACAUCCUCUGCCACACGAGGCGCGCUGCACACGGAGCUGCUAUUCUCUGUGCCGCAGCAGUGGCUUUCACGCAGGUGCGGCGCCCGAGCUCGCGCGCUGCGGUCGUGCACUGCAUCUUGAGACCGAGGAAGAGCUUCGCCAUCGUCCGACUUGCGCUUGUCAGCUCCUGAACACCUUCUCCUUCGCCGUUGCUAAGUCUCGACGAAGAGAGCAGCGUGCUUUCAGCCGCGAUCUGCGCGGCUCGAAAGCCGCUUGCCCUCAUUCUUCGGAUCCAAGCAAUGGCGCAAGACGACGAUGUUCGCAAGCUGCUUCGCGAGGGUGGAGCGACAAUACACGUGUACAUUACGCGCCUGUGCGCAUCAUGCUGAUGACGGCGGCUUGA